AUGCGUGCAACAAAGAGAGUUAAAUUUGUUGAUUCAUCAACAAAUUAUAAUGAUGCUCAUGUUAUUCUAAAUGUUGGUGGAGUGAGAUUUGAAACUCAACGCACCACAUUAAAAAAAUUGCCAGCUACACGUCUUUCAAAAUUAACUCCACAAUUAUCUUUUUAUGAUCCGGUAUUAAAUGAAUAUUAUUUUGAUCGACAUCCGGGUGUAUUUUCUCAAAUACUUAAUUAUUAUCGUACAGGAAAACUUCAUUAUCCAACAAAUGUCUGUGGGCCAUUAUUUGAAGAUGAACUUUCCUAUUGGGGAAUACAACGCGAAGAAGUUGAACCUUGUUGUUGGAUGACAUAUACAAAACAUCGAUCAACACAAGAAACCCUUCAAACACUUGAUUCCCUAGGAUUGGAUACUGUACGAUCAAAUAUGAUUGAUCUGAUUAAAAAGUUUGAUUGGGAAAAUGAUUUACAUUUCAUGACAACAGGUCAAUUACCAUUAGCGAAACGUAUUAGAUUGAUAACAUGGCAAUUGUUUGAGGAGUCGAGAUCAUCAAUAAUAGCGAAAAUUAUUGCAUUCAUAUCGAUGUUAUUUAUUCUUUUAUCUAUAACAACUUUUGUUCUUCGUACAUUAACAAUAUUUGAAGUAGCCGAAUAUCAUUUUGUUGAUGUUUAUAUUGGUGACAAUUCAACUGAAAAAACACCUGUACAGAGCACUGAACGAAUAAAAAUAGUUGACGGUUUUGAAAUAAUUGAAUGGAUUUGUAAUUCUUGGUUUGCAUUCGAAAUUGUUCUACGAUUUAUUCUUGCUCCAUCAAAACGAGCAUUUUGUGUGUCAAUACUGAAUUGGAUUGAUUUUCUUGGUACAUUCUUUUUCUUUUUUACUUACAUAUUAUAUAAUGUAUUCAAUUAUGAUGGUCAUCAAGCACCAUUAGAUCUUCUAUCAACAAUAAGUGUUGCACGUAUGUUUAAAUUAAUUAAUCUACAUCCACGUUUAAAAAUUAUAACAAUAUCCAUAUCGAAUUCAUCGAGAUUAUUAGUAUUAUCAAUGUACUUUUGUUUUGUUGUUAUUUUGAUAGCUGGUGCAGCAUUGUACUAUGCUGAACGUAUAAGUAAUAUGUCGAAAAGUCAAAUUAUAUCAGUUAUGGAUGGCAUAUGGCUUGCAUUAACAACAGUGACUACAGUUGGUUAUGGUGAUAUUGUACCGAAAUCACUUUUUGGUAUGAUACUUGGUGCAAUAACAACAAUAUUUGGUGUAUUGAUUAUUGAUUUACCAAUGCCAAUUAUUAAUGAAAUAUUUGAUAAUUUUAAUAGACAUUUAUUAGCUCGACAACAACUGCCUAAACAACGCCGACGUGUAACACAGGUGGCUAUACCAAGAAAAAUUAAACCAUUUAUUCCAACCAACGGAAAUGUACAUCAUCAACAUAAGACUUGA